CAACUGGACUGUUACGGAUACCGAUAUCUUCUCUUGCAGUUUUCAUACGAGGAGCUGUAUUAUGAGUGAAGUGUUUUCGGAGGACGACCGCGAGUAUCUUAAUAAAUUCACUAAUGCUCGAAAUACGAAUUCUGUAGGCACUGAUGUUCUGGAGGACAUUCAUAAUGUUUUGUCUAAUAACGAGUUCUCGUCGAACACAAGGCUUGCUGCUGCCAAGCUAUUACUUCAUGCAGAGCAUAUCCAUGGCAAAGAAGCUUUUAUCCACCACAUCAAGGUUGACUGGAUCAUGCUUACAGCAGUGCUUGAAGCAGCCAAUGAAGAACGUAGUGUGAAAGCCAUAAAAACUUGGAUGUUGCUCUUUGAAAGGCACAAAAUCAGUGAUUCCGAUGACGAAGCCGUAUUUCUCGCAAGCCUGGCAAAGUAUCUGAGCAAAAAAGGUGCAGAUGUCAUUUCAUUGUUCACAGCAGAAGAGGCUAAAAAGCUGAGAAGGUAUCUGUUACUGGUAUUCGUACUUUUGUCUGAGUUAGAACGAGGCUCGAAGUCUUUUGAGAAUGCCAUUCAUUUUGUUGCAAAGACAAUGACGGAAGAAGAGAAGGUGCUUGACUUUUGUUUCGAUUCUCUCCCGUUGCACCUCCGUGGCAGAUAUGGACUAAUGAGACUUUUACUACGCGAUAAUAUGGACAAGUAUGAUGUGAAUCUUGUGACCGGAAAAGUCUGUAAGCAGUUGACUCAGUGUAUGGAUAAUCAGCUGAUCACCAAUGCAGCAGCCGAUCUAAUAGCUCUGCUGGUGACGCGACUUCCAGCAUCGUCUGAACUUACUCUACUAUUUUUGGAUGGACUUUCGCAUCACGUAAAGUGUAUCCGCUGGAAUGUCUAUCGAUGGUUCGGUCGCAUCAAUGUCUCCGAAAGUAGUUUUCAUUUUUUCAAGAACCUGCGCGACUCGUUGCGUGCAGAGUUUUCAAAAGUUGACGAUGACGUAUCAUGGCCACCUUACAUAUGGGAAUUCGAGGACUUCUCGUGCAUUGAUCCACUUUGGAAUUGCGACGAGUCAGAGGAAGUGACAUGGAAAGUUGACAGAGUGCUAGAAGCUUAUCUGAAGGUGUCUGGUGAUCUCCAGCAAAGAUUUCAUGAAGAACUAGAUGUGGAUGAUGCGGUCAUUCAAGCUGGUCUAAAAUGGCACCUCCCCGAUAUCCGCCUUGAGGCCUUCCGCAUAUGGUUCAGUUGUAUUAAAAGCUCAUCGGAGCAGGACAAAUAUAAUCAUGACCUUGAGGAUUUCAUACUGAAAAAUGGCCUGAGUUCCUUAGCGAGUUUGCGCAAAGCAGUGGCAACAGCUGCAGCAUUCUGUAAAAUGAGUGAUGGAGGCAAAUCAGGGUGGAUGCGAAUUCUUAACAUUCUGAAGCAGCAGAGCGAAGCUGAUGAGCAGCAGCGGGGAGCCAGCUAUUUACCGGAUGGAGUUAAUGUGCAAGAACUGUUACCACUUCCACGCCCGGAGCAAGCCAAAGAGCGUUUAGAAGAAUUUCUGCAGCUGUCUGGAUCUAAGGACCUAAAGUCGUGUCCAAGUUUUCCUGACUUGUAUGCAAAUCUGGCAGAAGCUGGUCACGACCAGAGGGUUUUCGCCAGAUACAUCAUUGAUCUCAUCGACCUCAUAAGAUCUCACGAGGAUGUAAACACCGCUGUUGCUGCCAUUUGCGAAGCUGUGACGAGAUGCCGUUUGAAGGUGGUGGUGGACCAUGGAUGCACAGUUAUCGAAGGGCUUCUCUCACAUGAACAUCUAGAAAAACACUUUUUCUAUCUGGUAGAAUACACUUAUUGCUGGGCUAUGAACCAGCUGAUUGACAAAAAAGCUCAGUGUCGUACUUUACCACUCUCUCGCAUCCUAUGGUCCACUUGUGAGAAGUCUAGAGAUCUGAUGAGGAUUUUCUUUGAGUCAUGCCAAUCUACGCUCGCCGACUCAACAUUGAAUGCGAAUGUGCAUCAACGACUGCUUAAAACGUUGAAAUUAUUUGCAUCAAAGGCCGAGUGUAAAAUGCCACCGGACUUCGUGGAAUUCACGUUUUGGCACUGUGUAGACGCUCAGAAACAUGAUGAUUUCUUGGUACGAAGUGCGAGUACGAUACUGUUUGGAUUCAUGGUUCGUUACAUCACAAAAAGUCGGGUAGUACCAGCAUUUUAUAUAAUCUCUACGAGAUCGAAAUUUUGGCAGGAGAUAGUGCAUCGAUGUCUGUCGUUAUCCGACCUACCGUCACUUCAAAGGAUCCUGUUACUGAGCUUUCUCACUCGUUUAUCCCUUGGUUACAUCGAAUGUUAUUCUCGAACAAUGCUAGAAGGCAUUCAUUUCUUGAUCGUCUCAGUAAUAAAAUUGCUGGAUCACACGAAAGAUAUCCGUGAGCGCCGAUUUUGCCUGGAAACGCUCGUUGUUUUAUCACCAACAUCAGCAUGUGAUGAAGUACUGAGGCACAUCAAAGAAUUGAAUCGAGAAGAGGAAACUUAUGCCUUGCGUGCGGAUUGCGAUUUCCUCGAAUAUACUUUGGAAAAGAAGGAAAACUGUCUAUACUUUGCGAAGUGUUCAAAAAUUCCCACUGAUUUCGUGUUGUCACCUCAUGUACAGAUCAUCGAAGAUGCGAGAAUGUUCGAUCCGCAAAACGCAAUAGCAAAGAUAGAAAAUACGUUUGCCUCUGUGGAGUCGCAUUCAGCUGAGCUGACACUACAGGCAUUAGCGAUGGCCCUUACUCUAGUUGCAAGAAAUUUGCGGGUCAAUGGCCAUGCGAACAAUGAAGAAUUGAGAAUACGGUUCGUCAAGCUUUGUUUCGCCAUUUUGAAUCAUGGUGGAUGCACCUCUCGGGCAGUGUCUCUGUUGAGCAGAAUUCCUGUCGUCCUUGGUCUCACUAAGUAUUAUAUGCACAAAUCAUACAUCACUCAGCUUUUGAAACAAUGGGAACAGGGAAAUGCAUGA